AUGGCAGGGCUCGCGCUCGGACUCGCCCCAGUAGUCCGCGAUUGGGCUGCGACUGGCUUGUACGCAGCCAACCUCUGGACAUCUCUCCGCAGGGAUUGCCACUGCACGUGCACCUUCACAGGGGAGCACGACAGAGAGCUGCUGCAGGUCCUGCAGCGCCAACUAGACAGGUGCGGCCCUGAGCAGCUUCGGAGCGCCCCGUUGGAGUGUCCCUCGGUCUUCUGGGAGGUCGCCUCGGUCUUGUGCCUCGCGGUGUGCGCCGCGACGGCCCGCAUGGGGGACAAGCUGUACUGCCUGUACAGCCUGGAGGAGAGGUUGUACCACGAGAGGCUUCUGUGCGCCCACGUGGAAGGCUCACGGUGGGUAGUGGCGACGCCUGACGGCGACGUGUACGUCGAGGACUUUGCUGACGAGGAUCAUGUGGAGAUCCACCGCGCCGGGCCGCGUGGUGGAGCACCGCCGCAGCUGCGCAAGAAGAUGCUGUACCGCUUCGACCUUGCCCUUCGUGAGUCGGUGCCGCCUGGGCCAGCGCCCAUCCGCCGGCUCCGAGGGAAGCAGCAUGCACUCCCUGCGGCGGCGGACGGUGGCACGGACACGCCGCGUGGCUCCGAGGUCGGCCUUGCCGCCGGCGCGUCGGAGCCGCCUCGGCCACCGCCGGCCCACGCCCCCCCGCCUCUCGCGGGCGCCGGCGGAGGGCCCCUGCCACCGGUGCGGCUGGACGACGGCUGGGUCGCCCUGGAGUCGCGGCUGGGCUUCGCGCGGGGCUCGCCAGUGGACGUGACGUUCGCCACCGUCUACGCCCUGGACGAUCGCGCCAUGGCCUCGUUCCCGGAGGGGGUCAUCGCGCUGGGACGAGUGGGGGCCCUCUCCGACGAGGUGCCGCUCUCUCCGCGGGACGCGCAGGAUGAGGUCCUGGACGAGCGCAUCCUGAGGUACCGGAGGAGCGGCACGGGCCGGCGGCGGCGCGCCUUCGCGGAGGUGGUGGCCGAGCAGCGCGAGGUGCUCAGCACUCAGGAGUGGCGCGUGCAGGGGCCCGCUACCAUCGGCUGGCUGCUUCGGGCACAUCUGGAGCAGGGUAGCGGGCCCGUCCAGCGGCACUACUGGUGGCGACAGAUCCUGGGGUUGGCUGCGGCCGACCCCGGGGUCGACGAGCAUUUGUUCCUGUGCGAGCUGAUCGAGACGGCCUCCACGGCCGACCAGCUCAACCUCCCCGGCUGCGAGGCGUUCGAGCUGGCGGCCAGGCGCUUCCAGCUGUGGGAGGAGGUGUACUCCGAGGCCCUGCGCCAGGUCGAGGUCUCAGGCACUGCGGGGGCCACGGCAGACUCGGACGGCUGGCUGGGCGAGCGCAGGAUCUUCCUUGGCGGCACCCGCUCCAAGGGCCAUGCUCUCGCGUCGCCGUCCUUGGAGAAGCACGUGGCAGAGAGGAUGCAGGAGGAGAGCGCCAUCCUGAAGGAGAGGCGCAAGGGCAGAGAGGAGCGCCGCAUGGCACGCAGUGUGAGCAGCAGCGGCGCCGACACCGCACCAGGAGGUGGCGAUCAAGGAGUCUCGGACGCUGGCAUGGCGCGCGACGUCCUGCCCCUCCCGCUGGGCGCGACGCUCGACGAGCUGCUGCAUGGGGCGGCGGCCCGCCUUCUGCCGCAUGGCGGCGGUCGGCGCGGGCGGCAGCGCCGGCAUCAGGAGGUCUGGCUGCGCGAGGGCAUCGCCGCGCUGAACGACCUCGGCGGCCGCGGGGGGGAUGCUCCCGCGGGGGCCCCAGCGGCCUGCCAGGUCGCCGCCGUGCGGCGCCUCGCGCAGCUCUACGGCAGGGUGGGGCCGCCGCCAUCCGACGUGACUCCCCUGGGGGCGUGGCAGACGCUCCAGGCUUCGCGGAACGGCUAUGCAGACGUCAUGGCCGAAAGUGCUUCGACAACCUACAGGAAGGGGGCCAUGGCGCUCCCGCGGGCUGCGGCGGGGCGGGUACAGCUUGCUGACGUGCUGCCGCCGCACCUGCAGUCUCUCUUGUCUGAUUCGUCGCAGAUGUUACGAGAGCCUGAGGCUCGCAAUUUUGCUUUGGGUGAGGCUCCCAGGGUCUGUGCCAUGGACCCAGUGUUGCAGCGGCAUGUCUACCAGUUUGGCGAGUGCCUCUCCGAGCUGCUCUCCGCGGGCGUCAUCGAGCGCGCGGCCGAGGGCAGCAUCAUCGAGCGCGCUGGCAUCUUUUUCGUCCCAAAGAAGGACUCGUCGCGGCGGCUGAUCUUCGACACCCGAAGGUCCAAUGCCCAUUUCCAGGACCCGCCCUGCACGCUGCUCGCGAGCGGGGAGGCCCUGGCGAACUUGGAGGUUGACGCCGCUGGAGGGAUUGCUGUUGCCUCUGGCGACGUCGAGUGCUGCUUCUACCAGUACGAGCUGCCGUCGUGGGCACGUGCCUUCUUCGGUUUGCCAGCGGUCCAAGCACGCUUCUUGGAUCCAGCAGCCCGUCAGCAGCUGGGGGUCUCAGACCCCUCGGAGAUGAUCCACUUCGUUGCCAGAGUGGUCCCCAUGGGCUGGUCGUGGGCCGUGCACCUCACUCAGGAGGCCCAUGCCCACGUCCUGAGCACCAUCAGCCCGGAGGCGCCCUGGAUCGCUGACAAGGUGCCCACGCCGGCGCUCGGGGCUCAGUGCGCCACCGCCAAGAUGCUGCACAGCGACAACGUCGCAGUUUUCACGUCAGGCAGCGGCGACCCCGCUCUGGAGGUGGAGCGCGUGCUGGUUGCUCUGGGUGCGCGGGGGAUUCAGGCUUCCUUCGACCGCGAUGAUGGGGACCUGCACACCCUGCUCGGCUUCGUGCUGCACAAGCCCUCGGCCACCUGGCGCCUUUCGCACAGCAAGUUUUGGCGGCUGAAGUUCAGCCUCGAUUUUGCACUGGCGCCUGGACGUCUCGUCACGGGGCGCGAGCUCGAGAUGCUGAUGGGCCACAUCACCGCGGCCGUCAUGCUGCAGCGGCACAUGCUCUCGCUCUUCCAUGCGAUCUAUGAGUUCUGCAGGCGCUCGCGGGACAAGCGGCAGCCUCUCUGGUCGUCGGUGAGGCGGGAGCUCUCGUGGUUCAGAGCGCUGCUUCCCUGCGUGACCGUUUCGCUGAGUCGCCCCUGGUGCGAACGUGUCACCGCCACGGACGCCUCUCCAUGGGGGUUCGGCGUCGUGGAGCAGCCGUGGCCCAUCAGUGAGGUUCGGCGAGUUGGCAGCCUCUCGGAGCGCAGUCGCUUCAGAGGAGUCCUGACAGCCGAUUACGCCCCCAGGGACACGCUGGUCGAACAGCAGCUCCUGCACGCCUCGGCUGCCGACGUCACCGCGGAGGGCACCUUGACCCACUUUGAGGAG